UUUUAGUCCUCUUCAUUGCAAAACCCCGAUCUUCACUUGUAAUCCAUAACGGAAACUCAACUCAAGAAACUUUAAUUCAAACUUUAACUCAGGACAGCAAUGGCCACCACCACCGCCGGCUUCGCCGCCAGAUCCAUUUUUCGUUCCACCUCCGUCAGGAACGCGGCGGCGAGAGUCGCCUCCGAAGCCAAAGCUGCUCGUUCUCCACUACGCAUCUCCGGCAAUAAGCCUCUUUCCAAUCGCAUUUUCAGGUGUCCUGUUGAACUGAGUUGCGUGGAAACAAUGGUGCCGUUCCACACUGCAACUGCUUCGGCAUUGAUGACUUCGAUGCUCUCCAUCUCUCGCCGCGGUUACGGUUGGCUUCCAGAAGGUAUCUAGCCAAUCUUUAUAAAGCCAAUGAUGUCCUUUCUUCCUUUUGAUUUUCUGCUUGCAAUGAUGAUGUGUGAUGAAUGUCCAGAGGAUUGACGCAAGGUUUUAUGUACAAAAUUCUGCACUCUAAGACAGUGACAGCAGAUAAGUUAGAAGUUUGAAUUGAGCAUGCAGAAGAGCCAAGUUGGAAUUCUACAUUUCCAAAACCUAAAUGAACUAAUAAUUUUUCAUUGUUUUUUUUUCCUCCCUUUUGAGGCUUAACUAUAGUACUUUUAGUUGUUUUGACAGUUAAUGCUAAUAAGACCAUUGAAGUCACAUGUAAUGCUUCAUAUGUAGCUCCCUAUAUAAUUGUGAAGUUGCUUUGCUGAUCUUUGAGUUAACUUUAUUUUUUCAUC